AAUCAUUCUUAGUAGGAGCAUACACUAGUGUACUUGCAUAUACAGUAGGUAUCUUGCCCACAAAUUUGAGUGGUACAGUAUCCUUGGUUCUGACUGCCAGCAUGAGAGGGUGGUUUUCAGUACAAAUCAUAUUAAUGGACAUUCAGACAGGCAAUAAUUAUGUUGGCAAUUUGCAACCUGAAGUGCUGGGGAGGACCUGCUGUGUGUGGUGUAUUUAUAAUGUAGAAGUCAUCCUAUGUGAAGGCCAGGGCGGACAUUAAUCAGUGACAAUAUACAUAAUACAGGAAACUAGGAAUAAUACACUUAACCAGAAUGAGGUGUAGGAUAUGACCAUGAUUUGAUGAUACAAGAAGUGUCGGUGGUUUUGUGAAAUUUAAUGAAAUUGGCUGUGCACUAUAAAUUGACAUUGUAAAUUUUGAGAGAUCCUCAGUUUUUGUGAUGACUACCGGAAUGUUGUUUGUGUUCAAUUUCUGGAAGGGUCGGAGGAAGGACAAGGAUUCGCCCACCCCUCCCCCACAUGAUGAGUAUAGACAGUACCUAGAGGCCCAGUUUGUACAGGAACGUAUUACAGAUACUGACUUCCAUAGUCUAGUUUCACUACCAGAGUGUCUUGACAGAAACGAGUGGCUUGCAACGCAUGCGGUCUCCUUCUUCAAUCAUGUCAACCUGAUGUACAGCGUUGUAUCAGAGUUCUGCACCAAUGAAACAUGUGCAACAAUGACAGGCCCGGGCAAUGUGCAAUUUUGUUGGACUGAUGAUAGAGGAAAGAGAGGGAAAGAGACGGGCCCACAAUAUGUUGACCUCGUCACAUUGCAUAUACAGAAAAUAAUCUCAGAUGAGUCCACUUUCCCAACCAAGUUUGGUCACCAGUUUCCACCCACGUUUGAAGCCACAGUGAAGAAAAUACACAAAUAUCUCCUACACAUUAUCGCUCAUAUAUAUCACGUUCACUACAAAGAACUGCUGGCGCUGAACCUGAACGGCCACAUGAACAGCUUGUUCACGCACUUCAUGGUGUUUAACAGCCGCUUUGACCUGAUGGAGGAAAAAGACUAUGAAAUGUUAAACGAACUUUUGAAAGCGUUAAUCAAGCAGUUACCGGACCCAAAUCAGAACGAGAGGGGGGAUGCUCCACAGCAGAUGCUGAGAACCUAGCCACUGUUACCAUGGACACGUAGCAGCUAGUAGACUUCUCAUACUUCCUGACACAGAUUCUCAGACGGACAUUCAUUCACUUUAGCUGUUGAUACAUGAAGCUAGUGUGCGUGACAUAAUUAUGCUACACCAUUUCAACCCACAAAUGAAAUGUAUACGCUUGCCAUACUUAAUCCUACAUUAUGGAUAUCAGACUUAUUAACAUCAAUGUUUAUUAUUAUUUUCAAUUGAGUUUUUCAAAAACCUUGCCAAAAUUAUCAUAAGUUUUUGAGGUACGAAUCCGGUACUAUUUAAAUUAAGUUAUGGUGUGCAUUGAAAUACUAUUAAAUUGUUUACUUUUUGAUUGUGUAAUCAAUCAAUGUGAAUAUGAUGUCUGUACUCAAAUUAUGUAGACAUCAGUUCAAAACAUAUCUUGUCUUAUUUUGAAGAAGGAAACUUCAUAUCAAUAUAAUCUGUUGCUGUUUUCAGGAUAAAAGGUUUUUAUUUCAAGUUAUAUUUUUCUUUAAAAUAUUUUAAUGAAUAAUGUUUUGUUAUAAAAUAAAAAAUGUGUCCGCAUUUAGCUUUUGAUUUAACUCUUUGUACAAUAAUAUCAUUAAAACUGUGCAACUUACAAUUUUGAGAUGGAUUGUUGAUAUUGUUAUGGCCCGGGAUCGAAUGAUAGGGGGUAUAUUGUUUUUGGCCUGUCAUUCUGUCACAAAACUUUAACCAAGGUUAACUUUUGCAAUAUUGAAGAUUGCAACUUGAUAUUUGGCAUGCAUGUGUAUCUCAUGGAGCUGCACAUUUUGAGUGGUGAAUGGUCAAGGUGAAGGUCAUCCUUCUAGGUCAAAGGUCAAAUAUAUGGCUUCAAAGCGGCGCAAUAGGGGGCAUUGUGUUUCUGACAGACACAUCUCUUGUUUUAUCCAUAACUUUCGUUGUUUAUUUUACCUGUAGGGAUGUAAAUGGAUAGGUGUUUUUGACAAUAGUUGACCCUUUGAUCUCUAGUCAGAUCUAUGUUUGUAACAUUAGUGAAUACUUACAUGAAGCGUUAUUAAAGCAGCAACUUGUAUUUCUUAGCAAAAAUUGUGGUGACAUUAAAAUCAUGAGGAGUCAAAGUGCAUUCAAUAAUAUCAUAUGGACCUAAGAAGUUGUUUCCACAUGACUUGGAUUGUAAAUGGGUUUCAUUUUAGUAUCAUUGAAAAGUCCAUGAUGCUUAGUGGUAAUACUAAACAAAUGUUUGUGAAUUAAAUUAUAGGAUGGUAUAACUGUUCUGUCUGCUAGUCUAGAGACAUGAACGUUCUCACUUGAAGGUUAUACUGCAAAAUUAAUAUCUAUGUACCAAAUAUAGAUAAACAAGUGAAGUCAAACAGUUUUCGUAAAGCUUGAUUUUUAACAUUAAUACAUGUUUAUUAAACUGAAAAAAUGCAUUUAUCAAAUAAUGUUCUCAUAGUAUGAAAUGCUUUCUUUAUGUAGUGGUUUCUUAAACCCUUUAAAUUAUUACUUUACAUAUUAAUGACAAUAUGAGGAAUUGUCAUUACAAGCAAUAACAUGAUAAGUCUAGCUUUUUAUAACUAAGAGCCUGUGUAUUUAUCCAUUCAGUACAAAGAAAUCUUUGUUAAGAUGAUUGUACACAAGUUAGUUGCCAUACACAAAUAUAAAGGGUGCAUUCUUUUUUUUAUGCCCCCGGAUCGAAUGAUCGCAGGUAUAUUGUUUUUUGCCUGUCUGUCUGUCUGUCAUUCUGUCCCAAAACUUUAAUUAAGGUUAAAGUUUUAGGUUAAAGUUUUGCAAUAUUGAAUAACUUUUGCAAUAUUGAAGAUAACAACUUGAUAUUUGGGAUGCACGUGUAUCUCAUGGAGCUGCACAUUUUAAGUGGUGGUCAAGGUCAUCCUUCAAGGUCAAAGGUCAACAACAACAAAAGCGGCCCAUUAGGGGGCAUUGUGUUUCUGACAAACACAUCUCUUGUUCAUUCUUUAACUUCAAACAUAUACAAUUGUAAAAAAAGUCAUCUUUAACAUCACCUCAUUAUCAAUACUUUCUAUUCAGAGUUAGAUUAUAUAUUGAAUUGUUCUAUGACUCUAUGAUAUUAAUAUACCAAGCAUAUUAGAGAGACACUUGAUAUGUAGAGUGCAAUAGGCAUCUGUGUGUAACAAUACCACACAGUCACGUCAGGUCUUACUGGCUUGAAUGCAGUAUGCAAUCACUGUUGUUUCUGUUGAUCUUUUUUAAACACUUCUUUGUAUGAUUUGCUUGAAUGUGUGUCAACAAAUUAUUCGUCAUCCUUUGUAUAUCAGAAUGAUCACUUAUAAUGGAUAACGAGACUUGAUGCUUGGUGGGUAUUGAGAAAGAAUAUAUUGUGAAAUGUAAAUUAUAAGAAGUUUUGUUAAGUUGUUUAGAUGUGAUAAUUGAGUGUAUGUCCUGUUAUUGCUUCCAUAAUUUAUGAAGCAUUUAUGUUUGUAACUUAUAUAUUAUAAUAGACUUUUGGAGAAGUAAUUUAAUACUGUCAGUAGAGAAAAAAUUCAGAAAAAACGACAGCGUCCAUUUUUGUACAUGCAUUAUUUUGCUAGCAAAAUAGCCAUACUGAGACUGGGUGCAUUUUCUGUGACAUGAUGUUUUGUUGGCAUGAUUAAAAAAUAUCUUGAAAGCCUAUAUCAAUAUUGAUCAUGCUUUCAGACAAGUUUGUGUGCUUUGAUGUCCAUUAUUGUUUUUCCACUGCAGGUUUCUUUCUUGUAUCGUACUUCUGCUAGGCAAAAUUAUGCAAUACCUACUUUUGUUGAAUAUUUGUUUGUUUAGUAUAAUCUUGGAACUAUUUUAUUAAUGCCAUGUUGUAUAUGCAAUUUUCUCAUAACCAAGAAGUAUAAAAGAGUUCACAGUGGGUACUAAAAUCUAUUAAAUAAUUUCACAUAAUUGCAACAAAAAGACUACUUUGCAUUUAUUACUGACACCUAUGCCUUAAUAACUGUCAUUAUACCAUCUGUUUUAGCUCUCCUGAGCUUUUUGUCCAUUGUGCAUUUUCAACAUUUGCCUUGUAAACACUCAAGAUGCCACAUUUAUUGUCCGAUCUUAAUGUCAUUUGGCCAGAAGAUUUGUGCCUACUAUAUCUUUGACAAGUUCAAAAUGGUUCCAAUUGGUUAAAAAACAUGGCUACCAGGAGCGGGGCAUUUUUCCUACUAUGGCUAUACUAAAACCUUGUUUACACUCUAGAGGUCACAUUUAUAGUCCUAUCAUAAUGAAACUUUUUGAAGAUUUGUACCAAUUAUAUCUGAGAUGAGUUUGAAAAUGGUUCCGGUUGGUUGAAAAACAUGGCUACCAGGGGUGGGGCAUUUUUCUUAAUAUUGCCUAAGUAAAACUGUGUUAAUACUCUAGAGGCCUCAUGUAUUGUCUGAUCAUCAUGAAACUUGGUCAGAAGAUUUGUCGCCAUGAUAUCUUGGACAAGUUUUAAAAUGGUUCCGGUUGGUAAAAAAAAAUGGGCACAUGAUAUAUAUAACAGUAUUAAAAUGGAAAAAUGUUGAUAAUAACAUGCAUUGAUUUUAUUUCAUUAUGUAAAGACAGAAAAUUACUAUCAUCAAAUAUAUGAUUAUAUACAAAAUUCCUUGUUCUGUGACACCUAGGUACUCUGUUGUCAUUGGUCCCAAUAACAUGCCAACAACUGUCUUAAAUUUAGAAAUCCAGUUUGAUUGGCGAUAUAGUCAGCGACUUAUCUUGCUUGUGCACUAGGAGAUAUCUUUGUUACUACAUUGUAUAUUCAUGACAAGUAUAUCUGUGCAAGUACGCAUGCUUCAAUGUUAAGUAUAUAGUUGUUUUACCUCUUGUCUGGUAGCAGUUUGCCAUUUGUUGAAAUUUUCUUCUCCUAGAUCAACAUGUCAUUAAUAUUAAAUUGUGCAAUUUUACUUCAAAAUGAUAGCUAGAAUCAUAUCAAAAACGAUUAACAGUACAAUUAUUUUUCUCAAGAUGUGUUUUCCUAGUUUAACAAAACUUUGCAUUUUUCUGCCCAUCUGUUAUGUAUUUAUUGUGAAAGUUUUGUAUUUUAAUUUGAAGUGAAUUACAUUUUAUUUAUGACAGAUCUUUUUUUGAAGCUUUUUUGGAAUACUGAAUUUAGCAGUAUAAUGUAAAGGAGAGCAUAAAAAGUAUGUAAUGUUUCAAAGUGUUAUCGUAUACAAACUUUUUUUUAUAAAUAUAAAUUCCAUGUGACAGUUAAUCUAAAAGAUUUGCCACAUUGUUGUUUGACACAAAACAGUCAUUAUGAUACCAAAAGUAAAAUAUUGUUUAUUGUUGUUCUUGUUUUGGUAUAAUUGAUGUAUGAUUGUUAUUUACGAUGGUGUAUAUGUUUGGUUCCCUCCAGCACGGAUUCAGUGCUGCAUCCAAAACACACCCUUGUUUGGUUUUGAGAACUCACACAGAAUAGGUCUGUAAGAAAUAGGUUUAUGUAUUAAUUACCUGUACGCAAAAUACUGAAAUACCAAGUUGACUUAAUCAAUUUGUCAAAGAGUCAUUUUGAAUUAUUUUCUUUAUGACAUGUAUAUUUCUAAAAAUAAUUAUUUGGCUAUAAAUUUGAGUCGCUUUCUAAGAAAACUGGGCAUAAUGCAUGUGCGUUAAGUGUCGUCCCAGAUUAUCCUGUGCAGUCCGAACAGGCUAAUCAGUGACAAAUCUUUCCGCCUAAAUUGGAUUUUUGCUUAGAAGAGAACGAAAAAUGUCAUAAAAGCGGAAAGUGUCGUCCCUAAUUAGCCUGUGUGGACUGCACAGGCUAAUCUGGGACAACACUUUACGCACAUGCAUUAUGCCCAGUAUUCCCAGAACAAGGAUCAUUUUAUCUACAGCGUCUUGGCUAGCCCGUUUGAAGAGAGCUGGUCACGUCCCAACAUGGUCGCAUGACUUGUGUGGAGAUAUUGGUCACAAAAUUAUUGUUUGGGCGAUUAUACUGAAAAUGGAUCUGACAUAUUUACACUUGGUACUAGUAAACGCUUAGAAUGAUGAAACAUGCCCAGAAAAAGUGUUUGUAUUUUAACUGAUCACAGCUAUAAUUGUAAAUGGAGAAAAUCCUACAUAAACCAAGCGCCAAGCUAAGGGAUGUGUUUUGGUUGCAGCAUUCUAAUAGUACAAGGGAGACAACUUGUCACAUAUCUUAUGGUGAAAUGUUACUGUUCUUGUUUUAUGUUUUUGCGAGAAUAUAUACCAUUAAACAUGUUUGCAAACAAAAUCAAAAUCA